AUGGCGGACCGCCUGAACAGCAUGUCCGUCGGCGACAGCGUCCAGCUGGCGUGCCGUGAUUCGCUGCUGCCGUUCCUGCAGCAGGAGACGCGCGCAGCGGGCGCAGGGGGAAACGGUGGCGGGGGAGGCGGGGCGGGGUCGGACGGGGGGGAGCUGAAGCUUCUGGAAGUUGACGAGUCGAUGUUGGCGGAGCUGCUGCGCGACGGGGGGGAGCUGAAGAUUCUUCAAGUUGACGGGUCGUGUGAGGUGCGUUGUGUGGCGAUCGGGUUACAAGGCGAGUGCGGAGUGGGAUGGGAGUGA